AGGGAUGGAUACACCCUGAAAGCAUCCACGGUGUUAGUUAAAGUUUCUUUCUUCUUCUUCUCUAUAUAAACCUUUUGUUUCAUCGGUGUGCCCACCCUUUCUAGCUUCGUCUCUUUCGUGUUUCUUCUGCCUAUUCCUUCAUUCUCUUUCACCUGAUAUUUCUACGCUUUGCCCUUAUUAUUAUUUCAUUCAACUGUGUAAGAACCAAUCUUACUUUCGUAACUGAUUUCACCCAAGAUUGUAGUUUUGCAAUCCAAGAAAAUAAAACUACAACAAGAUUUAAAGCUAUUCCUCGUGUUCCUUCUUCUCUUUCAGUUCAACAACUUAAUUUGAUUCAUUUCUCGUGUAAAUCGAUCCUAUUCGAGUUCAGUUUCCUUUACAUAUACAGUACUUUGAAAGAUGGCUUGUUUGGUCUCUCGCUCAGGAAGGGAGUUGCAGAGAUAUGAUAACCAGGGCCGCCGCCAAGUUGUCGGAUGCAUUCCAUAUAGAUUCAAGAAUUGCAUUGAUGGCUCCAUUGGAGAUGCAUUGGAGGUUCUUGUCAUCACUUCACAAAAGGGUCAAGGAAUGAUGUUCCCCAAGGGCGGUUGGGAGCUUGAUGAAUCUGUGGAAGAAGCAGCUUCUAGGGAGUCUCUUGAAGAGGCUGGGGUUCUUGGCCAUGUUGAGGAUGAACUAGGCAAAUGGAACUUCUUAAGCAAGAGGCAUGGUACAUUUUAUGAAGGGUAUAUGUUCCCUUUGCUAGUCACCGAGCAACUUGAUCUCUGGCCGGAAAAACACGUCCGUCAAAGAAUUUGGAUGUCAGUGGAGGAAGCCAAAGAUGCUUGUAGGCAUUGGUGGAUGAAGGAAGCCUUAGACAUACUAGUCGUGCGUCUAACGUCACUGCAACAACAAAAGGAAGAAAAUGAUGUACCCUCAUGCUCUCUAAGCUAAGGGAUGAUUAAAUUAAAUUUUGUACAUGAUAACCUAAUACUGCUGAUUGAACAAAUGAGCUAGUUAGGGCAAAAUAUAUGGAUCCAAGGCUGAUGAUUGUAGAAAAUAGAGAUCGAAUGUUUCCUUUUCUCUCUGAUUUAUGGAAAUUUUGGCAUUAUUUUUGUUGCA